AGUGCGUGUAUACCUUUCUUGAUACACAAACAGUGUUAAAUCGUUUAAUUUUUAAGUAAAUUAUUAACACUCAUAUAGUAUUUUGCAAAACAUAGUCAUUGUAAUAACUCGUGCAACGUAUAAAAGAAUUAAUUAAUUAUUUAACAAAUAUAAUAUAAUACAUUAAUGUCUUAAGAAAGAAUUACUUAAUAAUUAAAACAUUUGUAUGAUUUAAUUCAAUAUUUGUAAUUUCUAUAUUAUUUUAAAUUAAUGUAUUUAUUAACGUAAUAUUUUUCACAUUUUUGAUCGCUAAUAAUUGAUACCAAUCAUAUAUAUAUAUAUUUAUUUAUUGAUUUAUUUAUAUAUUUAUAUAUUUAUAUGUAUGUAUAUGUAUAUAUAAAAUAAUAUAUAUAAUAAUAUAAUAAAUAAAAUUUUAUAUACAUAUAUAUAUAUAUAUAUAUAUAUAUAUAUAUAUGUGUAAUGAACAUGAUCGAACAAUUUUUGUGACUUUAUCUUGAAAAACGGAGACUAUACAUAAUGCCGCUUGGAAUUUAUUCUUUUUAAUCUAUUGCUGACGUAUAAGUAAUGCCAUAAGCAGUGGCUGAUUAUAAAAACGUGUGAAUAUAACGGAUGCGCAUACGUGCAUCUUUUUCAUCAAUGUAACAACUACCUGCUAUUACGAAAAUUUUUUUACCUUUUUGCGUGAUAUUUAGCACUGAAAUGCUAGAAACUUUAACCGAAGCGAUAUAAAAUAUUUAAAACAGUUUUGAUGUAAGUUGAUCGUUCGAUACUUUGGAGAAAUGACAUUAAGAGCAUGCGCGCGAAACAGAAACAGAUGCCAGUCUUUAGACGACUUUCGACAUGGACGCUUCGAAAUAUGCUGCAUAUCAAGAUUUCGAAUGGGCGGUGAAAUUGAAUCGUAUUACUUUAGAUUUUAUUGGACUUUGGCCUCAAAUCGCACAAGAUCCUCGAAAGAAGUUUAUGUGCAAUUUUCGAGUGCUCAUCGUUUUCGUGGCAGUAACGUUCGGUGUAUUGAUUCCUUCUAUACAUUCCUUUAUAAGAAUUUAUGGAGACAUUAUGUUAAUGAUAGAUAAUUUACAAUUUACUUUACCAGCUAUAAGUUGCACAAUAAGAAUUAUAAUAUUUUGGUGGAAGAAAGAAGCUAUCAUACCAAUAAUGGAAAUGAUUACAGAGGAUUGGUUAAAAUCGAAAAGUGCGGAAGACAGAAAUGUGAUGAUCAAAAGAGCGCAGAGUGCACGCAUAAUUCUUAUGUGCGUAUAUUGCAUCACGGCUGUUGGAUGCUUGUUUCUCAUCGUUCCUCCUGGAUUUGGAAUGUCGAUAAGACUAACGCCCAACAUUACUGAUCCAGGCAGAUUAAUGCCUUUACAAACUCAUUAUAUUUACGACAUAACAAAACGGCCGCAGUAUGAAUUAACAUAUAUGAGUCAAUCUAUCUACAUAAUUCUCGCAGUUCUUUCUUAUAUUGGAAUUGAUCAUUUUCUUGGGCUAUUGGUUUUCCAUUUAUCCGGUCAAUUGGACAUUUUGAAAAAUCGUUUGACAUAUUUACAUAAAUACAUCAAUUCUCACGAAAUGUUAAAGGAAUGCAUAAAAAAACAUAUUCGUUUACUUAGAGCUAUUGCCAUUAUUGAAGAUACAUAUAACAUAAUACUUCUGUCAUUAUUUGCAUAUUUUGCAAUACUUUUUGCUUUCUACGGUUUCCGUAUAAUGAAUCUAUUUGACAAAGGAAAUGGUUUAUCACUUUCUCGCUUGAUAUUUUUUGCAUCUACAAUUUUCAAUUUAUUUAUAAAUAUGUUCUUAUACUGUGCUCUCGGCGAAUUUUUAGUGGCUCAAUGUAACGAAAUAUACAAUGCGGCUUCUAAUAAUGAAUGGUAUUCUUUGGAUCCAAAAAUUACACAAAACUUGUUGUUUUUGCUGAUAAGAGGUUCUAAACCAGUAUAUCUUACCGCUGGAAAAGUGUUCCCUAUGACAAUGACUACAUUUUGCAGUUUAAUAAAAACGUCAGUCGGAUAUAUAUCAGUUUUGCAUACGACGAGACGUAAUUAAAAAAUUGUUUUAAAUCUAAAUUUUUUUAAAUGUUAUUUUUAUAACAUGUGGUAAUCUAAGAAUUAUGUAAAUGUUAGAAUGUUACACAGUAAAAAAUAAAAUGCUACAUUUAACAAUUUAACAUCUUUUGUAUGCCCCAGAAAGUUUACUUUAAAUUUUAAGUUAAAAUAACUCAAAUGUUAUUUAAAAUAACUCUUAUUUUAAAUUAUUAAGUUAAAAUAACU